CCGAGGAUGAAAUCGUCAAAGCAUAUGCCUUGUCGGGAGAACUUUUGGGAGAAAGUGAAGGAAUGAGGACAGCAAAUGACAAGGUGAAAGAAAGUACCAGUGGAUUAAUUGAUUGGGCUUUCUUUCGCGGUAGUCCAGCCGAGGGAAUGGUGGGGACGCUGGAAUGGACAAAGGCCAGCUACGGAACAGUCGAGUCCUAUUUGGAGCAAAAUGCAGGUUUCAGUGUUUCUCAGCAAAGAAGCUUUCGAGAACAACUUCAUCCCAUGGAGCUACCAUCUAAAUGA